UCUAAAUUUAAGCGUGGUUCAGUUGGCUGCAGAGAAUUUGUGUCGUCGCGAAAAUAUGUUCACGAUGGAAUAAAACAACUCAAAGAUACAUCAUUAAUAUAUAUUUUUAUUUUAAUUUUUUCCGUUCUUGUAAGUGCUCGAUAUAAAUUUCGUCGAUUAAUUGUUUCCGUAAUCGUGGGCUAAAAAAUUUUCUUUCGAUAUCGAUUUUUGUUUUUUAUCACCGAAAAAAAAAAUAGAAUUGCUGGGAAAAAAUCGUGUUCGCUAAACAAAUAGUGUGAAAAAAAUUUAUUAUAUGUAUAUAUACAUAUAAAGAAAAGAAACAAAUGGUUCAAAGUGUAAGGAAAAAUUAAAACUGUGAGCGUGUGUGUGUGUGUGGAAACGAAAUUUCUUGUACAGAAAAAUGUCUUGUAUUCGAUCAGAGAAUUACACAAUUUGAUAUCAGUCAACGAAAUUUUCAUUAUUCCAUCGGAAAAAACGAAAAUUCACACAAGCAUUAAAUUGUACAGAAUGGCUGACAAGUGUACAGAAUUUUCGAAAAAGCAACAAGAACCAAAAAUAAAUGAUGGUGAACAUAAAUCAAGUGUUACUGCUGAUUCGACUGCGUCUACCGAAGUCAAAACUGCCAUAAAUGUAGAUGAUAAAAAUGCACAUAAUGCAAAAUCAAUGUUAAGUAGUGUAGGAGCAGCUGAAAUUGAAUCAGCAAACGUAGCGCAUACAACAAGAACAACUGCACACACACCAUCCAAUGAUUCAACAUUAACGAAAACAACAACAACAACAACCAUAAGAGCAAACACGCCAAACCAUGAUAUCAUCAAUUCGAAAACGACGAGUACUUCUGAAGAAAUCAAAACAUCUCCAACAUCCUCGCAAGCACCCGUGGUCGUUGAUAUUGUAAUGACUGGAAACGAAUUAAUGGAAAUGAAAGAAUCAACAACAACAGCAGCCGGUAUGCAAACGACAGCGACGACUCCAAUUCAUAAAGGCAUUGAAAGUGAUUACUUAAAUGAAAAUGAGAAUGAAGCCGACGAAAUAUCAGAAAACAGUGAUAAUUUUCUGUACGAGGCCCGUGCAAAUGCGGAAAAAGUUAUGUAUUUAAAUUUAGAAACACCUGUUCUUGAUGAUAAUAAUGAAUUUAUGGAAGUCGAUCAACGCCAAUGCCACGGUGCAGAACAAUCACAGCCGCACUAUUGCAAACGUGGUUUCCGCAAGUCUGAUAAUACAGCCAAUUUCACGGUAACCAAACCUAAACGUCUAAGUGAUGAAUUCGAUUCGCGCGACAAUGAUAUUAGCAAUAAUAAAGAAACGCUGCCUGUUGUGAAUACGAUCGGUGAAAAAGUGUCCCAAUCUGAUUUGAUGAUCGGCGAGGGUUCACCAGAAGACAAUAGCAACAAUGUAAAUGAAAGCGAUUUAGUAAAGAUGAAUCGUUCGUCGGAUAUUAUUGAUGACGAUACAUCAACUAGUAGUUUGAUAAAUAUUGCAAAUAAACAGCCGCCAAUCCAAGAGCAUAUGGAAGAUUCCUCAUCGCCACACUCGUCCAUGUCACCGGCUGACGUUGCCAUUGCUGAUCAAAAACAGCAAAUAGAACAUUUGUCGGAUGUUGUCGAAGAAUUGACAAACCAUGGCGAUGAGCAUCAGCAACGAUCGGAGCAUUUUUUCGCAAAUUCGCAGCGCUUAUUCACAAACUCGAACCAAUUGUAUACAAAUAAUGAUGUGCAAUCAAUGGAUGCUAUUGAACGAAGAGAUUUUAUCAACGAACAAGAAGCGACGGCCAAUUGUAUAUUGAGCAGUAGUUCGUUGAUUAUCAAUGGAACCAAUGGAGAUGAACCGAGACUGAAUUUAGAUUUGUUAGGGAAUAGUUUUUCACAAAAAAUGGAACAAAUAGCCGCUUUGACUGAAGAGCAAACUACCAAACACGCCGAUAAUGUGACUUCGACUGAAAAUGGCGCCCAAAAUGCAAUUAAUAUUAAUAGCAAUGAUCAAUUGAUUACAACACCCACCACAAGUAGAACAAAGCGAUCUCGACUGCCAUCACAUCACGCCGAAAAAAUCACAUUACCAAGGAGCAUCGAAAAAAUAAACGAUUCCGGUAAGGAAUCAACGUCAACGGCAACAGCAACAUCAUCACAUCGCGAAGCAUCCGAUAUAAACUCAACCGCCAUGCCAACAGAUGCUUCGAAUCAAUCGAACGCAUGCAAUUGUACAACGGAUACGAUUGACGAUGAACAACAAUCCACCUCGAAAUCAACAUGUUCGAAUUGCAAUAAAGAGCCAGCCAACGAAUCACGUUUGGAAGAUGCAUCGAAUGCUGACCUCGACGAUGAUGAGGAUUUAGACGAUGAUACUGCCGGCGAUCAUGAAGAUGCCGAAGAAAACGGCGAAUCAUCAUCAACGUCACGAGCUAAUUCAAGUCGUGUUCGAUGUAGUGGGAAUAGUUCAUGUACUAGCAACUGUAAAAACAAACAUUCGAAUUCCGAUAAUACAAGACAAGAUGCAGCCGCAUCCGCAGAUCUUCCACCAAAUGUUUCACCAUCAUACUACCGAGAAGCCGGAAUUGCACUUGAAGAUCAAGAGUUAAAAGAGUAUGAAAAUGAGACGAUAGAUAAAAAUUUCCGAUUGAUGAUGGGACUAGAACCGGAAAAUCCGUAUGCCGAUUGGUCGUGUGAAGUGAAUUCGGAUGGUGAAGAAGUGUGCACGUGCCGUGAUUAUGCCGAUAACGAAACGACUGUAAACAGUGAAGAUGAAUUACCAAGUCGAGAUGUGGAUUUGUCUUUAUAUUCAAUUUCUGGUGUUGUGCUAAAUAGCAAUGGUAACUCAUCAACCGAUACACCAACAUCUCGAAAUCAUCGAAAGCGAAAACUAACCGAAAAUCGAUCGUCAAUAUUUAGUGACACAACUAGUGGUUGCAGUGAUGCAAAUAGCAAUGAUAGAAAACGUCUUGCGCUCGAUGAAUCAGGCGUAUCACAAAAGUUAAAUUCAAGCACGAGCGGUAGUCAACCAAGUACUCCAACUAGUUCAUCAACAAAUAUUAGCUUACGAACACCACGUUCAGUGAUUCCAACGCGAGACAAUCCGCCGCCCGAAUUGUCUGAUUGGUUAAAUCAAUUCAAGCAAUGGUCACAUGUUGAGCGCUUAGUCGCCGUCGAUCGGUUGAUUGAGCAUUGUGAACCCACCCAAGUGCGACACAUGAUGAAAGUAAUUGAACCACAAUUUCAACGUGAUUUCAUAUCGCUAUUGCCUGGCGAGCUUGCACUUCAAGUUCUAUCCUAUUUAACACCAAAAGAUCUUCUUCGGGCAGCGCAAACGUGUAAAAGUUGGCGUGCUCUAUGUGAUGACAAUUUAUUAUGGAAAGUAAAAUGUAAACAAUUAAAUAUUUCGAUUGAAACGUCAAAAGAUCGUCCGAAACGUGGUCGUAUUGGUAAUAUGCCACCAAUAUCAUCGCCAUGGAAAGCAGCUUAUAUUCGACAACAUAUCAUUGAAAUGAAUUGGCGUUCACGGCCAAUUCGUGAGCCAAAAGUUCUCAAAGGUCAUGACGAUCAUGUUAUAACUUGUCUUCAAUUUUGCGGUAAUCGCAUCGUUUCCGGCUCGGAUGAUAAUACGCUUAAAGUUUGGUCAGCCGUCACUGGUAAAUGUUUACGCACAUUAGUUGGACACACCGGUGGCGUUUGGUCAUCACAAAUGUCAGCUAAUAUCAUAAUUUCGGGUAGCACAGAUCGAACAUUGAAAGUUUGGAACGCUGACAAUGGCUAUUGUAUUCAUACACUAACUGGACACACGUCUACCGUUCGUUGUAUGCAUUUACACGAGAAAAAGGUUGUAAGCGGAUCACGAGAUGCGACGCUUCGUGUUUGGGAUAUAGUACAAGGCAAAUGUUUGCAUACGCUUGUUGGCCAUUUGGCAGCUGUUCGUUGUGUACAAUAUGAUGGAAAGCUUGUGGUUUCCGGUGCUUAUGAUUAUAUGGUUAAGGUUUGGAAUCCAGAAACAGAAGAAUGUUUGCAUACAUUACAAGGCCACACAAAUCGUGUUUACUCACUUCAGUUUGACGGCGUUCACGUUGUAUCUGGUUCGUUGGAUACAUCGAUUCGCGUUUGGGAUGCAAUUACAGGAACCUGCAAACACACCUUAAUGGGUCAUCAAAGUCUUACAUCUGGCAUGGAAUUGCGACAAAACAUAUUGGUGUCGGGAAAUGCUGAUUCCACAGUCAAAGUUUGGGAUACGACCAAUGGCCAAUGCUUACAAACACUAUCGGGUCCAAAUAAACAUCAAUCGGCUGUUACGUGUUUGCAAUUUAAUUCUCGAUUCGUAAUUACGUCAUCCGAUGAUGGAACGGUUAAAUUAUGGGACGUUCGUACUGGUGAAUUCAUUCGUAACUUAGUCACAUUAGAAUCGGGCGGCUCAGGCGGUGUCGUUUGGAGAAUACGAUCAAAUGACACCAAAUUAAUAUGCGCUGUUGGAUCCCGUAAUGGCACCGAAGAGACCAAGCUGAUGGUAUUGGACUUUGAUGUUGAAGGUGCCUGCUUGAAAUGCUCAUAAAUUUAAGUCGAUUCAGAAAAUUUAAAGUGAACGAAAAAAAAAUCUCAUUACAAAAUUACAAAACAGCAAAUAGAAACACAUACCGACAAAUUAUACCAAAUCAAAAUUAUAAAAUUGGAUAAUUUUUUUUAAACAAAUUAUAAAUGAACAAAUAACCAAAUGUAAACCACACAGCUGAAAUUGGAUGCAUGAUAGUGAUGGUAAUUUUGCAUCUCGAUUAACACAAAUGAGCUAACCAUUUUGAAAUUGAAGAAAGAAAAAUAUCAAAUGUCAUAGAAAUGAUCCAAUGUAACAAACAAUUGUAUAUUGUUUUUAAUUGAUUACAAAUUGUAAUUGCAAUGUAAUCAGAUAUAUGUGAUGGUUAAAAUCGAGAGCAUUCAAUACGGUUUUAUUGCAUAAAGCAAGCAAUCAAGGAAACGAACGAAACAAAUUUAAAAAGAAACACACAUGAUUAGUAUUAAAGCCAUACACACUCGACAAAAAUCUGAAUAGAUCUUAAUCUGAAACAAUUUUUUUUUCAUUGAACAAACGAGAUACACAAGAAACAACUAGUAUUGGGAAUUUUGUUUUUUUCGCGUAGGUAGUUAAAUAUGUAAGAGUGACAGAGAGUGUGAGAUAGAGAGAUAGAAAGGGAGAUAAAAAAAUACAAUUGAACCCAACAAACUCUUUUUGUGAAAGAGCAAGAGAAUGAUAAAUACAAAUGCAGAUCAGUUCGUUUUAUAAACUUAUUACAGAUUGUUUUUCCCAAUGUCACAGUAAUCGAACAAGAUCAAGUUUUGAACAUUUUAAACGUAAAUUACGCCAAUUUUAUGUAACAACCGCAAAUUUCAGAGGAAAAUAUCGUGUAUGUAUUUUUUUCGUUCGUUUCUUCCUUUCUUACAUUGAUUUUUGGCUGUUUUUCACUGUUCAACGACAAAUAAAACAUGAACUACGAUGAAGAGAGGAAGAGAUUUUCUUACCUUGUGUAUGACUGAA